AGUUGGAUCCACGUGUCGUGGUCACAUGCAUGAUCCACGUCAGGUUGCACCACCUGUCGUCGUUUUGGAUUGGGGCGAGGAAGUGGACCCCUACGUCCAUGUAUAUGUACAGCUCGCAAGCGAUUGCCGUUCUUCGUCCACCUCGAAGCGCACGUCCAGUGCGUUGCUCUCUGCUCCUCGGUUUCACUGCUCUCAGCUCGUUCUCGUCUCUCUGCAUCUGAUUGUCGAGAAACAGAGAAGAAGGGAGAUGUUGGGCGCUAAAGGUGGUGCGCUGCCGCUGGCUUCCUUGAACCAUAUCUCCAUCGUUUGCAGAUCAGUGGAGACGUCACUUGAUUUCUACCAGAAUGUGCUCGGCUUCCUCCCCAUCCGGAGGCCCGGAUCCUUCAAAUUUGAUGGUGCCUGGCUGUUUAACUAUGGAAUAGGCAUCCACUUACUGCAAUCUGAAGACCCCGAGAAGAUGCCGAGGAAGAGGGAGAUCAAUCCCAAGGACAACCACAUCUCCUUCCAGUGCGAGAGCUUGGCCUUGGUGGAGAAGAAGCUGAAAGAGAUGGUCAUACCUUACAUCCAGAAUCGAGUGGAGGAAGGUGGGAUCUACGUGGACCAAUUAUUUUUCCAUGACCCGGAUGGCUUCAUGAUCGAGAUCUGCAACUGCGAGAACCUCCCGGUGAUCUCACUUUCCGGGGAACCCAUUAUGGCCUGCAAGAGAGUCGUCAGCUUCACUCCGCAGCAACAGCAGCAGCAACAGUAUCUCCCGCAAGCCAUCCAUGUCAAGGAGGAGCCCUGCGCAUGAAGAAGAAUGAUCGAGCAUCUCCUCCAUCUCUUUCGGUUUGCUUGCUUUAGUAUGUAUGGUGUUCUGUCGCCAGGACGACAUGGCUUCUUGUGCCUUGGCAACUCGUUUUGUAGUAGCAAUAAGGCCCAGAUGUUGACUCUUUUUGUCUCAUCGAAAGGCUUGUAGGCAUGAUGUCGUAUCAGUUUUAUGUGGACAAGCGUGAACCACAGCCAGUUGUGACUAAUUUGUCGA